GCUUGGGGCCCCGUGAGGGGGUCGCCGCCGUGUUUGAGGCCGGGGCGCGCGCCGCGCGGGGUCGCGCAGUGUCUGGGGAGCGCGCGGGUGUCCUAGAGCGUCAGGGGUUUCUCUGACAAGAACCAAGGAAGUGAAGUUUAGUUUCUGCUGCUCUUAUUUAGGGUUACCAUAGUCCUGGUUUCCCCAGACAAAGCCUCUUUUUUGAGCCUGCUUUCCCUGACCCAGCGGGGUUUUCAAAUAACAGCAAAUGUCCAGGAUUUUGCAGAGCAGAGAAGCUGCAGUUGAGAAAGAGCCACAAUUGAUCAGCUUCCCAAUCCCAAUUGGGCUAUCCACUGUAUCCACUGCUGAUUGGGCCAUUCCCCUGCAUCCGCAGCUGACUGGUCCUUUCCCCUGCAAGUCACAGCUGCUGAAUCCUGCCCACCCAUGCCCCCUUGCUCUGCUCAGCCCUGGGGAAGGGAUCCCAUGGGGAGGUGCUGACUGACGACUGUCACUGUGUCCUGGGCUUGUGCCAGCUUCCCUGCCACUGUUGACAGGGAGUGACACUGCCCCCCCCAUCUCCUGUGAGUACCCCUACUGCAGGUACUCCCCCUUCGGCUUCCCUUCCCUCCCAUUGCCUCCACCUCCUGCAGUGUCUGCUUGUUGGGAACUUGAAAUAUGGUAACCCUACUUUUCUUCCCAUUCCUGGUGAAGUUUCCUGAAAGUGGUGUGGAUCAUGUUAACUUGCUUUUUACUCUGCUGAAAUGAUGUAACGGAAAUGAUAGCCAAGCCCAACACAGCCAGUAACCUCCCCAGCCAAAAAGAAAAUGCUAUCCAUGAUGAGACUGUGCCUGAGUCCACUGUACAGAGUGGCAGCUGUCUGAGGAAUGGCAACUUGCAAACCCCAAGAGGGAAAAGGAAGGUCCAAGAACAGUGUGCACGCAUACGAAGAAAUUCUUCCAGGAGCAGGAGAAGGCCAAGCCAGCCGCAGAAUGGAGAAGUGGUUGAAGCAGUUACAUUGUUUGAAGUGGUCAGCAUGGGCAAGAGGGCAAUGCAGUCUGUGGUAGAUGACUGGGUUGAAGCUUAUAUCCAAGAUCGAGAUGUGGCACUUCUAGAUCUGAUCAACUUCUACAUUCAGUGCUCAGGCUGUCAAGGAAUGGUGACAGCUGAGAUGUUCCAAAGUUUGUGCAACAGUGAUGUCAUGCAAAAAAUGACGGAGACAUUUGAUGAGGAAACAGGAUUGCAAUACAAGAAAUUUAUGGCCUAUCCCUGGAUUCUGACUGUUACUUGGCCAGUGGACAUGGACAAUGGAGACUAUCCACUCAUCAAACCGGGACCCUACUGGAAGAAGUUCAAGGCCAAUUUCUGCGAGUUCACUGCAGUGCUAAUCCAGCAGUGCCAGUACAGCAUCCUCUAUGAUAGUUACUUGAUGGACACUGUCAUCUCACUGCUUACAGGGCUAGCAGACUCCAGGGUUAGAGCAUUCAGGCACACCAGCACUUUAGCAGCGGUGAAGCUUCUGACAGCACUUGUAAGAGUAAAUCUAAAUCUUGAUGUCAGCAAAUGUAACGCUCAAAGGCAGUAUCAAGUGGAGAAGAACAGGAUUUCUGUCAAGAGGACCAAUCAGAGACUGGACCAGUUAGAGAGAAAAAGGAAAGAGUAUGAACAGAAACCGCUGGAAAUAGAGAAUAUGAUGAAUGCUAUUUUCAAAGGGACAUUCUUACAGAGAUAUCGUGAUGUGAUUCCUGAGAUCAGGGCUAUCUGCAUUGAAGAACUUGGCAGCUGGAUGAAAAUGUACCCUGAUACAUUCUUAAAUGAUAGUUACUUGAAAUAUAUUGGAUGGAUGCUGUAUGAUAAGCAACCUGAAGUGCGGUUGAAGUGUCUUCUGGGACUGCAAGGAAUUUAUGACAGAAAAGAGCUGGUAUCCAAAAUGGAUCUCUUUACUAGCAGAUUCAAGGAUCGAAUUGUGUCCAUGACUCUGGACAAGGACCAUGAAGUAGCAGUUCAAGCCAUGAAACUCUUGAUGCUUAUGUCACAGAACUGUGAGGACGCGUUAUCAUCUGAAGACUGUGAAACCUUAUUCCAGUUUGUUUAUACCACGCACAGACCUCUAGCAGUAGCAGCUGGGGAAUUCCUUUAUAAAAGGCUCCUUAGUUAUCAGGGAACUGAAGAGGAAGUCCCACCCAAAACAAGAGGGAAGUUUGGGGCUGAUACCUGCUACAUAAGAAAAUUAAUAACUUUUUUCUUGGAGAGUGAGCUACAUAAACACGUCACGUACCUUGUAGACAGCCUGUGGGAUUGGGCAGGCAGUUUGCUGAAGGACUGGGAGUGCAUGACCACUCUUUUAUUGGAAACUGCUGAAGAAGAAGCAUUGAGUGAUGCCCAGGAAAGCGCCCUCAUUGAAAUAAUCUUAGUGACCGUUCGAGAAGCCGCUGAAGGUCACCCUCCUGUGGGCAGAGGAGCAGCCAAGAAGAUCCUGUCAGCGAAAGAGAAGAAAAUACAAUUGGAAGAUUGUACCAAAAUUACUGAGCACUUUAUUGUGGUGCUUCCUCAGCUCUUGGCAAAGUAUUCAGCAGAUGCUGAAAAAGUGGCGAACCUCCUGCAAAUUCCCCAGUAUUAUGAUUUAGAUGUUUACAGUACUGGACGUCUGGAGAAGCACGUGGAUGCUUUGCUGAGCGUGGUGAAAGGCAUUGUAGCCGAACACUCUGACAUGGAUGUCCUCGAGGCUUGCUCCAGGAUGUAUUAUGUCCUCUGCAAUGAAGAACUGGCCAUCCACAGGACGGCGGAUCUUGCCAGAACUCAGCUGAUAGAUGAAUUGGUGGACAAACUUAAUAAGCUGCUGGAUGACUCUUGGCAUGAGGGAGAAGGUCUUUGCACAGAUGAAGAAGGAGUUUGCCGAAUAUAUUCCACUUUGAGAAGAAUAGCAGCUUUUCAUAAUGCUCACAAUCUCACCAAAUGGAAUCUCUAUGGGAAGACUUCAAAGCUGCUGGUUUUUGAGAUGGAGUAUGGGAGUUUACCUGUUCAGAUGAUCCUACCAGCUCUACAGUGCACAUACUUUGCUCUCUUAUGGCAGCUAGCUUCAGUUGUGGAGAGGUCAUCUUCCAAGGAGACUCUUUUGGCAUUGAACAGAGAGUUGAGAUUUUUCUGCCAGAUUUGUGCGUGCUACCUCAGCCAUAAAGAUCAAGAUUUAAGUGAAAAGGCCUUCAUGAUACUCUGUGAUUUACUGAUGAUUGUGAGUCACCAAUCUUCACGUGACGAUGAAGCUGUAGGAGUCCUUCCCAGCGCAUCCCUUCAGUCAAAAAUGCUUUUGUUUAUCCAGGAUCAUGUUUUCACAGAGGACAAAGAAGAAAUCAAAGACUUGACAGAAGAGGAGGAGAGGGAAAAGGAGAGCUACAAAUUGAAUGAUUUGCACAGGAGGCGGAGUCUUCUUGCAGUCUAUUGCAAGCUAAUUGUGUUUACCGUGGUGGAGAUGUCUGCGGCUGCUGAGAUCUAUAAGCACUAUAUGAAGACCUACAAUGAUUUUGGAGAUAUAAUUAAAGAAACCCUGAGCAGGACGAGGCAUAACAACAAAAUCCAGAGUGCCAGGACGUUGAUUCUCUGCCUGCAGCAGCUGUUUCAGAAACAUACAGAAACCCAUGGUAGUACCAACAGCAUGGAUUCUUCUUUCACGAACAUUAAAGAACUUGCUCGUCGCUUUUCACUGACAUUUGGCUGGGAUCAGGUGAAAUCCAGAGAAUCAGUAGCCAUGAUACACAAAGAAGGGAUUGAAUUUGCCUUUCAAGGAGCUGCUGGAGUGGAAGGGAAAUGCCUGCCUCCAAAUUUAAACUUUCUGUUAAUCAUCAGUGAAUUCUCCAAUAAGCUACUAAAGCCUGACAAAAGAUUAGUGUACAGUUACCUGCAGAGGUAUAUAACAGAGCCAGCAUCUUGCAGAGGAGAUGAAUGGCACCCCUUGGUUUGGUACAGGAACUCUUUGCUGGCAAAUGAAGAUGAGGAGAAUUCUGUUAUCAGCAGUUUAAGAGAAUGGUCACCCACAAGCAGAUCUAAGACAUCUUCUUUUAAAAGAAAACUGUCGAAUGGGUCCCUGCCUGAAACCAGCCACACUGAGACAACAAACAAGACUCCAGACUUCCUUUGCACUCCAGAACUCACUGCUGCAGCAGGCAAAAGCAGAAAGAAGUUAAAGUCUCAAGAUACAAGUCUCCAAGAAUGCCUGCCAUUCUUUUGUCCAGUUGGACUGAGCAGAAGACAUAGUGAAGAUGUGAUCAAGGCAGAAGACUUCUCAGCUGAGGGUGGAGCAGAAGACUUAGGCGAAGAAGUGGAUGUUGUUGGCGCAGACCAGGUACGUGAUGGGGUGUAUCAACCCUGCACAUGGCCAACAGGUGCUGACCAAUCACUGGAGACCACACACCCUCACCCCUGUUACACAGGCUCCAGGUGGAAGGGACAGAUAAAAGGAGGCAGGGCAGGUCAGUCGGGGCUGGCGGAAGAGAAGGAAGGACGUGUGCUGCUGGCUGCUGCAGAGGAACUGUUGACUUACCAGGCUGUUGGGACCGUGGGCUCAGACUAUGCUGCUGACUAGCUGGCCAUGGAGCCUGACCAGGAUGCUGAGCCGCUGCCAGCUGAGGAUAUGCUCGAGAUGGACUUUAUGGUGGAAAGUGACCCAAGGAAUGUGUUAGGAGCCGUGGUUUGAACCCUUAAUAUGGAGUUUACUGGCUUCACAGGGCCCCGGGUUGGAACCUGGUGGAGUAGGAUGGGCCUGGGUUUCCCUAGCCCCGCACUGACCAGUAGGAGUGGCUACCAGGGACUCCUGAUUUAGACUGAUUGUUCACUCUGUCCUGCCCAGAGGGCCAGAGCCUCUGACUGUCCUUAACAGUUGAGUCCUGUUAAGAGGACCAAGAAGGAGAGCACUCGAUGAUAAAAGUCCAUGGCCAGUAUGGAUACCAAAAUGGGUGCUGGAAAACCAGCAGCAGUAGGCAACCUAACAGGCCCAGCUGCUGCAGCAGAUGGCCCAGCACCAAGAACAGCAGUUCAAGGAGUUAGCAGCACAGCACCAAGUCCAACAGAAGUGCCUGGUUCAGCAGAUGGUGGUGCUCUUACAACUAUCUGGGCUGCCCAGCGCCACCGCGUCAGGCCGAGGGACAGAGAACACUUGUCAGGGUUACCGUGAGACUUGCCAACAUUGGGCUCGGGGAUGACCCAGAGGCCUUCUUGGUCAUGUUUGAGUGAGUCACCACCAUGGUUUGCUGGCCUCCUGAGCACUGGGCUAUCCUAGUGGCCCCAUACUUGACUGGGACCGCACAGACCGUCUACCAGAACCCUAAAUCCUACUGAUGCACUCGAUUAAGCCAAAGUGAAGGCAGUCAUCUUGGACCACACCAGAGUUAACCCCAAGACAGUCCAUCAGCAAUUUCGAAGGGAGAGAUACCUUCCCCAGAGCUUGAACUCAGGCAGUGGCUCAGCGAUUCGGGGACUACUGCUGGCUAUGGUUGGACCCGGAGAAGCUGAUGGGAACGUGAGUGUCAGAGGCUGUCAUCUUGGAACAGUUUACGCAGAUCCUUCCCCCUGUGGGGAAGGAGUUUAUACAUCGACCCCGUCUGACGACUCUUGCGGAGGCAGUAUCUCUGAUGGACGAUUACUUAGCCGCAGAGGGUCCUGGACUACAGGCACCUAAAUCUGGGAGUUGUAGGAGGGACCCGUACAAGAGACAGUACAAAUCCAAAAAAGGAUUAGAUCUGGGCUGCGUAUAGUAGCCCCAAACCCUGGAGCUGCCCGGAACCCGAGCAUGAGACCCUGGGAGGGGGAAACCCCACCCGGCAGGCCUGGACCAUCAUGACACAACUCUGCAAUGGAGACAACGAGGGACAGAUGUUCUGAGUGUGCCUAGGAUGGUCACUUCAGAUGCGAUUGCUCUUUUAUGGAUUGUAACGACGGCCAAAGCACAGGCCCGUGGACCCGAAGAGAGCCUGCCCGAACUUCUGAUCAUUGUGCUGGUCAACAGCACUCCAGUAACAGGUCUGGUCAACUCAGGGUACAGCUAGACAUCAUACAGGCCAACCUAGGGAAGUCACUGGACUGGACAGAGGCCCCUGUAUAUCUCCAGUGCAUGGGGAUGUACGGUCAUACCUGCCACUAAGGUAAAGCCGGAGGUUGACUGUCACAAGGAAACAUGCCUGGUCGGUCUGGCCAUGACAGUAGCAUAAACCAUGAUCCUGGGAUGGGACUGGCAAUGGUUUGGGAAGGUCAUGCAUGAGUGGGGAGACCAAAUGUCAGCGGAAACAAAUCAGAGACCACAUUUGAGGGGGCUCCUAGGCCAAAAGGAGACUGGAGGGAGAGCCCCCUGACCAAUUGGAAGGCCCUGAAUCAUACUCCGUUGAGACAAUGGCUAAUUGUUGAAGGAGAUUUUAUGAGGGAGUAGAGAGAAGACCCCACGUUGAGUCAUGCAUGGGAACAAGUGACCAACCCCGAGGAGGAGGGGGCACCAACCAACAGUUACCCCAGGGGCUCUGCUUCGAGGUCCACAAUGACCAUUUAUACUGGAUAAUCUGAGAUCGACAAACCCAAUAGUUACUCCAACAGCUGCAGGUAUCUGAGAGGUUCCGAUGAGGUCUGCUGCAGCUAGCCCACUCAUUGCCCUGGGCCAGACAUCUGGGACGAGAGAAGACUUAACACAGAAUGGCCCUUAGAUUCUUUUGGCCUGGCAUUCACAAGAAGGUGAGUGAUUUUUAUGCUUCGUGUCUGGAAUGCCAAUGUGCUGGCCCUAAAUGAAUCCCCAAGGGCACCCCACUCCGGCUCCCAGUGGUGGGAGUACCUUUUGAGAGGAUCAGUAUGGGCCUGCUGGGACCUCUGGAGAAAAGUGGGUCAGGGUUCCACCACAUAUUGGUAGUGGUAGACUUCGUGACUCUUGACCGCAGCAGCAUGGCUUUGGGGUAAACUACCACACCAUAGCAAUGGAACUUCUGAAAAUAUUUGCCUUGGUCAUGGUAUUGAGGGAGAUACUAACAUACCAGGAAAUCAACUUUUCACUGCAAUAAAUGGUGGAUUUGUGCAAGCUGUUGAACAUUCGUUCCCUGAAGAUCUCUGUCUACCACCCACAAACUGAUGGUUUAGUAGAAAGGUUUAACAGGACUUUGAAAUCCGUUCUCCAUAAGUUCAUCGAUGACGACCUGUGAUACCGGGACAAACUGCUACCUGUGUUGUAGUUCGUGGAAGGUGCCCCAAGUAUCUACAGGAUUUUCUCCAUUUGAACUGCUAUAUGGGAGGCAACUCAGAGGGAUCCUGGACCACCUCUGAGAGCCCUCGGAGGAGUCGUCAUCUCAGAUCAGAGGGUCGGUCCUGUAGAUAUUAUAGAAGGCUGAGGAUUGGCUCACAAAAACUUGAUAAAAGCCCAUCAGACCGAGGAGCAAUGAUACAACUGAAGGACCCAUCUCUGGCCCUCAGAACCUGGCAACUGAGUACUAUUGUUGCUCUCCAAGUCCAAGCUGUGGGCCAAAUGGCAGGGAACAUUUGAGGUGACCCAAAGAGUUGGGCCGGUAGACUAUGAAGUUCUCUUACCCAGGUGAUGACAAAGCACUCGAGUCUACCAUGUCAACCUCUUAAGAGCCUGAAAGGCCCAAGAGGGCUUAUUGAUCGUCCCCUACCCCUCCAAACCAGAAUUGGGGCCAAUACUGUUGACCCCUCUCCCCCCCGAGUCAACAACAAUAUCCAGCAGAUGGGAGUUUAGUGGAGAGCAACAGCAGCAGCUGCAACACUUAGUCCAGUCCUCCCCAGCUGUUCUAUUGUCUCACCCUGGAUGGACGUAUCUGACCCACCACCACAUAGUUCUAACAUCAAGCUUGCAUUCUAUAGAAUGUUUUCUUACUAACGUGACUUAUUUGAACAUUUUUGUUUACAUGGAGUUGAGGAGCAGCAGAUGGGAGAAAUGAAAGAUUAAGACUAUGUUGCCAUUUUCUAUGCAAGCUGGACAUCUGGUUAGCUGAAAAAACUUGUUUUUUCAUCUUUGAAUGAUGGUCCCUGCAUGUAUUCCAAAUGUGGGUGUGCGCAUGUGCACCAGGUGUCUGAGCUGGAAGGUUUUCUUAGCAGUGUUCAUAGAACCGCCCAUGUGUCGUGCAUCCCCUUGUGCUGGCAGCUGAGGGUAUGAUAGGUUGUGCAGGUCGAUGGGUCUCCAGCUCUCACUUAUCACAGCAUGGCCCGAGUUGGAACCUCACAGGAGUAUUGGAACCUGUAUAGAAGUGGAAGGGUUCCUGGUGCCAGAACUGUGGCCCUGCCCCCACUCUCCCCCCCAGAGCCCUGCUGCCCUGUGCCUCCUCUUCUCCCUGAGGCCCUGUCCCCUGGCCAGGCUUGAAGCCAGAGCCAGCUGUGGUGGUGGGACCCUAUCCCACCUUCCUGCCACAGAGCUGGUUUGAGCCUAUCCUCCCCCGAACAGGGCUGGCCUGAGCCUCACUAUCCCUUUUUGGCAAAGCUGGGCAUUUGUCUCAUUUGCUUUUGCCAAUUAAUGAUCACUGGGUCACUAGAUCAAGACUCAUCUUCUGAGUUGGAGAGUGGAUCAUACUCCUGUCAUCCAAGGAGUUGCUCCCACCACUCUCCCAGAGACUCCGACUCGAUCUAGGCACAGGGGUGCCAUUGAGUGCUUGGCCUAAAGGUCAUUGGGGACCUAUGCCAAUGGAGUGGCCCUGUGGGAACACAUAGGGUUUCCCCCCAAUUUUGGGGUCUUAAAGACACUCCAGUGCAGUGGCCUCCAAAAGAAGAGGACCACUACCCCAUUGGCCAGCACCUGAUCCAAACUCCAGUACUAAACCCGGUGCCAAAUUUCAAGAACCAAUCCUGCCAACUGAGAAAGGGUAUUCACCCUUAUCAUGGUCCAAAGGAUAGAGUUCAUUGGUGUGGUACUUGAUUCUGUAAAACUGGUUCUGCUCAAUUACAUCCCUGAUAAGGUCCCUGCAAGCGCAUCUGAUCAUAACUAUACAAGAGUCUGAGUCUCCUGGUCACAUGGCAUCAUGCACAUAUGUAGUGCAACAUGCAAGGCUAUGUCUCAGACCUCUCCAAACCUAGGUAGCCAUGGUAUACUCCCCCACACCUGGAUUCAGUGCUCAUGGUUCCGGCCCAGGUCUUCAGCUCACUGACAUGGUGUCUGGACAGGCACAUGGUAUGUGCGGGGAUACGCUUCUCAAGACCGCAGUUAUCCUUGUCCUUAGUAUCUGGCCUAUCAGCCCUCAGCUGGGGUCCCGGAUACAAAGGACAAGGACAGCUAAGGCACAUGCAAUUAGGGAAGAGCAGUGUUUUCACUUAUUGAAUGUUAAACAAGCCCUAGUAUCUACAUAGAAAGCCCUAGACUAUUCCAUAAAUCCACCCAACUGUUCAUAGCUGACAGGAUGAAGGGUCUCCCUAUGUCUGCUCAGAGAAUUUUGUCCUGGAUUACAUCAGGCAUUUGCACAUGUUAUGAUCAGGUUGGUGUUCCGCCACCAGUUAACCUGACUGCUCAUUCCAUGAGGUCGCAAGCACCAUCAGUGGCAUUCCUAGCACAGAUCCCUAUUCAGGACAUUUGCAAAGCAGCAACUUGGUCUUCAGUACACACAUUCUCUUCUCACUAUGCCAUCACUCAACAGUCAGGGACGAUGCCAAAUUUGGUCGAGCUGUUUUGCAGUCAGCAUGUUCAUGAGUUCCAAUCCCACCACCUAUGCAACUUCUUGGGAGUCACCUACAGUGGAAUGCGCAUGUGCAAUCACUCGAAGAAGAAGAAACAGUUACUAACCUUCCGUAACUGUUUUCUUUGAGAUGGGUUGCACAUCUCCAUUCCAUGGCCUGCCCUCUUACUCCUCUACAUCAGAGUUGGACAGAAAGAAGGAAAUAAGGAUUGUGGGGUCAGCAGGAUGCUUUACACUGGUGCUAUGAGUGCAUGGCACAAGAGGGUGUUUGAGCUGCCCCAAUGGGUGCUGCUAAGGGAAAAAUGUCCAGCGACGGUGCUUGGGGCAUGUAUACAUCUACAGUGGAAUAGAUUCGUGCAACAUCUUGAAGGAGAACAGUUUCAGGUUAAUGUCCAUUUUUUUAACCUGUCGAGACUCAAACCUCUUCCCAUGGUGUUCCAUGUUUUUGGGGGCCAUCUUGCCCUAUUUGCCCACAAUUUGGGCAAGAUCACCAUGGACUGUUGGGUACUGGAGAUCAUCCACCACGAAUACGCCUUAGAAUUUCUCUCUUGCCCACAUCAGCCCUUCCUCUCACCUGCCCCAGUGGCUCCUUCCCAGCAAUGCAUUCUCCAGCAAGAAGCAGACUUCCUUCUCGUGAAGGGAGCCAUAGAGCAAAUACCACCUCCCUACCUGGGAAGAGGCUUCUGUUCUCCAUACUUCCUCAUCCCAAAGGGCAGAAACACUGCCUUAUUCUUGACUUUUGACUACUGAACAUCUUUAUCAGGAAAUCCAAAUACGCAUGGUGAUGCUGACAUCGUUUAUCCCCUCUUUCCCUCAGGGGACCUGGUUCGUGGCUCUCGACAUGAAGGAUGCCUACGUCCAUAUUGACAUUCAUCCAGUCCACUGGAAAUUUCUCUGUUUCCAUGUAGGACACCACCAUUACCAACUUUGGAUCAUCCCUUUCUGCAUAGCGGCAGCUCGCUGGGUCUUCGCAAAGGUCCUCACUGUUGUCGUGGCACAGAUACACUGCCUCUGUUACUGGUGUACCCCUACCGGGAUGACUGGCUCCUUGUUGUGCUAUCAUGACAAGAACUUAUCACUGCCGUCUUAGCCCUUCACGCAGUCCUGAUGUUUUUAGGUAUUUACAUCAACAAGGAGAAGUUGGUGCUCAUAUCUACAUAGACGAUCAACUUUAUUCGGGCACAGCUUGACUCCAUCACAGCACGAGCCUGCCUUCUGGCAGAACACUUUGCAAUGCUGAGGGCCAUAAUUACAGACCUACGCCACAAUGCAUGCAUCAUGGUUCGCUGUUCUCUCCCUCCUUGGAGGUACAGCAGCCUGUACCUCCAUGACACCGUGUGCACAUCUGCACUUGCGUUGCUUCCAGAUGUGGCUCCUCUCCAUCUACAGUCCCAGCAGGGACUGCUUGGAGGCCAGACUCAUUUGUGCCGCAGUGCUGGCUUCCCUCGCCUGGUAGACCAGCCCCUCCAAAGUCAUGGUCGGUACCCCCUUCACCCUUCUACCCCACAUGCCAUCACCACCAAAGAUGCCUCCUUUGCGAGUUAGGGGCACACCUGGACCAUCACGCAGCCCAGGGUGUCUGGAUGCCUCAAGAGGUCAGGAUUCAUGUAAACAUGCUAGAACUGAGGGCAGUCCUUUUGAUUUGCCAGGCAUUUCUUCCUCUCCUCCGCUUAUGCCACGUUCAAUUCCUCUCUGACAACAUUGCAGCAGUUGUGUACAUCAAAAAGCAGGGUGGCAUCAAGUCUCUCUCCCUCUGCUCCGAGUCCAUCCACCUGUGGAACUGGUGCAUCAAACACCACAUAACACUUCAAGCCACCUAUCUCUCGGGCACUCAAAAUUACCUGGCCAACACGCUCAGCAGGACUCUCUACCUUAAUGAUGAUUGGGAGCUACAUGAUGGCAUAUUCCAAUAUCUCUUCCACCAAUGGGGCAUCCUGUGCUGGGAUCUCUUUGCCACUCACAAGAACUGCAAGCUGCCCCUUUAUUAUUCCAGGGAAGCCUUAGGGAAAGACUUGCAGGGUGAUACACUUCUCCUCCCCUGGUCAGAUGACCUCAGCUACGCUUUUCCCCCCAUUCCUCUCCUUCUGCAAGUACUACACAAGGUCCACCAGGACUGAGCUUCCAUAAUAUCCAUAUCCCUGUUCUGGCCCCAUCAAUUUUUGUUUAGAGACCGCUCCACCCGCAGACCACUCUGCCUUUGUCUGCUGCCAGAUCUACUCUCACAAAUCGGAGGACAAUCCACCAUCCCAAUCUGGGCCCUUUUCACUUCACAAUCUGGUAUUUGGAUGGGGGUGCUCCACCCUGGUUUGGCAAAUCCUUACUCAGAGCAGGAGAGUAUUCACCAGAGCAUGCUACCAAGCUAAAUGGAAACACUUCACCUCAUGGGCAACCUACAUCACCACUGAGUGCAAUAUCCAUACCUCUUAUCAUUGACUACCUUCUCAAUCUCAAAACAUGAGGCCUUGCCCUCGGCACUAUACAGGUCCACCUCCCAGUAGAUGGCACCUCUGUGUUUACACACUCUACCACUGUCCGUUGCAUGAAGGGUCUCCUCAAUACUUUCCAGCCAGUAUUCAAGCCCACUCCCCCGUGGGACCUUAAUCCUGUUCUCUCUGCCCUCACAAAGCCUCCCUUUGAACUGCUGGCAACGUGCUCCAUCUCUCCAUGAAGGUGAUGUUCUUGGUUGCCAUCAUCUCAGCUCGACAGGUGGCCAUGAUGACUGACCCCCUCCCCCCCUUACACAGUGUUCCACAAGGAUAAAGUUUCCUUAUGCCUACACCCUAAAUUCCUCCAAAGGUAGUGUUGGAGUUCCACCUCAAUCAGUCCAUCCACCUACCUGUUUUCUGUCCCAAACCACACAUCUCCCAUGCAGACCGAGUCCUGCAUUCCCUCAAUGUCUGCCGCACACUAGCAUUCUGUCUAUGCAGGACUCACUCCUUCCGCACAUUGCUGAAACUGUUUCUGGCUACUGCUGAUCACUCCAAGGGCCAACCCUUCUCUUCCCAACGAAUCUCCAAAGGGGUCCCCAGGUGCAUCCGCAAAUACUACACACAAUCCAAUGUGCAGCCACCAGACAGAGUCACUCUCUACAAGCAGCCACAUCGGCCUGCCUCGUGGAUGUCUCCUGGCAAGCUAUCUGUUGCGCAGCAACAUGGCACUCCAGCCACACAUUCACAUCCCACUAUGCCAUCACCCAAGCAGUGGCUGCGGAAGUACACCAUGCCGUACUGCAGAUGGCACUUCCUACCUCAUUCUCGCACCCUGAUCACUGCUUGCUGUUCACCCACUUUUGGAACACAUGUAGGGCCCAUCACUCAAAGAAGAAGUGAUUACUUACCUGUAACUCAGGGUUCUUUGAGAUGUGGUCCCUAUUUGUAUUCCAAUACCCGCUCUCCAUCACUUCUACUGCAGACUGGACUACUCAGUGGUAAGAGGGACACAGAGGUGUCGACCCACACGACCUAUUAUACCCUGGGCUCUGAGCACGAUGGGAUGCACAGUGCAUGUGUGGUUCAACGAACACUAAGAAAACCUUCUGGCUCAGGUGUGAAGCACAUAUGCGCAUCCCCCAUGUUUGGAAUACAAAUAGGGACCACACAUCUCAAAAGUACCUCCUCUUCCUGGUACUGGCCUCCAAGUCAACUGGUCCAAGAUCUUUGGAUACUUAAUAGCUAAAUAGCAAAUGACAUCCAAGCCAAAUCUCCAGCUUUAGCCAUGCAACUGGAAGCAGUUGUUACUAUGGUAAAUCGCUCUAGUGUUACUUCUGACAUGGCUACUGUGAGGCUUCUGGUAACAUGGGAGUUAGGAACUCUGACUGAACUUCACUGAUUUCCUCUUUUCUACUUAUUAACUUGGGAAUUGUUAUAAGACAUCAGGCUUGUUUAAAUAUAGUCACUAAAUGCAGAGCUUGUAAGACAAUUUUCAUCAAAAUUUUGGGUGGGGCAACAUUCUGCUGGGCAUUAACUCAGAGUUUUGAGGCACCCAAGUCAAUUCCAAAAUCCUUUAUCCACAAGUGGCAGAAUGCGCAAUUACUACAGAGGGAACACAACAUGCCUACUCCUAGGGAUUGUAUCCUGCCUUCCUGUUCCAGAAGAACAAGGUAACUAGUCAUGGGGGUUGGACAGGCAUGUGAGAGAUGGGGAGAGAGAGGGAAGAUGCCAGGAGAACAUUUAUGUGCAAUGGAAUUUGCUGUUUCUCAGAUUUGUACUAGAAAAACAGGUGAAUACAGUGUAAAUAUAGACUAUAGACUUUUAAAGAGUAAGUUUUUUUCCACUGAGUAUUUAAAAUUGUUUUGGUCAUUGAUGCUAUCAGAUUUUUUAUCUGUUCAUUGGAAAGGUGAACUUAUCCCUAAAAGGCAGUUUGGGAGAUCCAGUUGCUCUUGAACCUUCAUAAUCUUUCCAGUGCUCUCUAAAUUGCACUGUGUUUUUCUGACCAGCUUUGUUAAUUUCAGAUUUGUUUUUUUCUUGUUUGAUUGUUAACAGUAAAAAUAAACAGUGUCAAAACCAAA